GCCGGAGUGAGGCAGCAUUGCAAGACCUGCUCUUUCGUUUUUCCGGUUCUCUUUCUGCAGCGGCUUCUGCUCUUGGCCAUGUCGGAAACUGCUCCCGCUGAGACGGCUGUCCCGGCGCCGGUGGAGAAGUCCCCUGCCAAAAAGAAGGCCACCAAGAAGGCAGCGGGCAGUGGCGCUGCGAAGCGCAAGGCGUCCGGGCCCCCGGUGUCCGAGCUCAUCACCAAGGCCGUGGCCGCGUCCAAGGAGCGCAACGGCCUCUCCUUGGCCGCGCUCAAGAAGGCGCUGGCGGCCGCCGGCUACGACGUGGAGAAGAACAACAGCCGCAUCAAGCUGGGCCUCAAGAGCCUGGUGAGCAAGGGGACCCUGGUGCAGACCAAGGGCACCGGCGCCUCGGGCUCCUUCAAGCUCAACAAGAAGGCGGCCUCCGGGGAGGCCAAGCCCAAGGCCAAGAAGGCGGGCGCGGCCAGAGCCAAGAAGCCCUCCGGGGCCACUCCUAAGAAACCCAAGAAAGCGGCGGGGGCGAAGAAAGCCGUGAAGAAGACCCCCAAGAAGGCCAAGAAGCCUGCAGCCGCCGGUGUCAAAAAAGUGGCCAAGAGCCCUAAGAAAGUUAAAGCGUCUGCCAAGCCUAAGAAGGCGGCCAAGAGUCCUGCCAAGCCCAAGGCGGUGAAGCCCAAGGCCGCCAAGCCAAAGGUUGCGAAGCCCAAGGCCGCGAAGCCCAAACCUGCCAAGGCCAAGAAGGCGACCCCGAAAAAGAAGUAGGAAGUUUUUGCCCCUUG